AUGGGCAGACCUAAGAAAAAUAGGAAGAAGGCACCUGAGGAGAAAGUUAAAAAGGGGGUCACAAUAAUUACAAAGGCGGGAACUACGAUUCAUUGCUCUGUUUGUGGUAAGGCUGGCCACAAUAAGAAGGGUCACAAUGCAUAUGUGAACACUCAAGUAGAGCAAAUGAAACAGGGCAUAGUUGGAGACGACGAAGAAGUUGACAUUCCUUCCAUUCUUGAGCACAUCAUCCCACACUCACCAAACCCAAAUCUUGAUCCUACAAAUGUAGAGGACAGCAUGGUAUACAAGAUGCAGCUAGAGGAAAGAGACAAUGUCCCUGUAGAUAGGUUUCUUGGGCCUUUGCCAGAAAAUGCUUUUGUUGCUGCAGCUAGAGAUAGCAUUCCAGAACCAAGAGCUAGGGUUACAACUGCUUCAACAAGAGGAAGUUUGAGAGGAAGAGGAAGGGGAAAAGGAUCUGGAAGGUCAAAUUCAUCAGCACAAGGAUCUGGAAGUAGAGGUCAAGCAAAGAGUAAGAAAAGAAGUGCAGAAGCUUCUACUAGUGGAACACCACAUGUAGCUACAGAAAUACCUAAUUAUGCACAGGAGAGAAGAGCUAUUGACAUACCAGAUCUUAAUGACUAUGUUAUCACUGAUCUCAAUGCGCAAGAAUUUCCUUUCAGUCAGAAUGCGCCGCCAACUGAUGACAUAUAG